CAGACAGUCAUCUUGCCACUGCAGUGUGUUCUGGAAAAGCCAAAAACAAUCCCCAGGCACCUACCAUGAAGCUGACAUCUCUCUUCCUGAUGGUCUCCCUGGCUAUUUGCAGCUACUCUGCCACAGCCUUCCUCGUCAACAGCGUACCUCUCCCCGUGGACAAAGUUCUGCCGGUGGACAAACUCCUCCCCCUUGACAACGUCCUCAGCUUCGACCCACUCAAGCUCCUCCUCCAGACCCUGGGCAUCUCGGUGGAGCACCUGGUGGAGGGCUUGAGGAAAUGUGUGAAUGAACUUGGGCCUGAGGCCUCCGAAGCAGUGAAGAAGCUGCUGGAAGCUUUGGCCCACCUGUUGUGAGCUCAGGAUAUCACUGAGAGCGGCCCAGGACAGAUGGCUCUGCAUUGGGAAAAGUUCACUCGCCUUAGUUUUUCUGGCCUAAGUAUCCUUCUUUCUUUCCACACCUUGUAGACAAAGCAUUAUGUUCUGAAGCAGUCUGAGAUGGAUUUCCAAACCCCUGAAUCAAUAAAGUUUGGAGCUUGUUGUC